AUGGCCUCUGUGCAUCUGACCGCCUUGUGGUCGGCCAUGGCGAGCAUUCGACGCUCACUGGAAUUAGAGCAUCUCCAGACAAGCAACUGCUACCAGCAGAUGCUCAGGACCGAUUCCGCGCUCGAGACUUUGAGUUCUUUGAGGGGGAAUAUGGAGCUCACGCUCCAGUCCCAGGCCGUUUCGGAAGGGGAGCCCCUCAGCGAUGAAGCCGCCACGGAAUGCGAUGUUAUCACGCAGUCCCUCUCCAUUCUCGAAGAACUGGUGGAGAUUGUCGAAACACAGCAGGCAGCCGCGCGGCAUCUGCACCAGCUACGCGCUCGUGCACUCCGCAAGGAAGAUAUAGGCAUAAUGGAUAUGCCGGCCGAGGUGCUGUCGGCGAUCUUCCAGAACUUUCAACCUCCGUUGGAUUUUAGUACUAUAUCACCCUCAAGCUACGAAUACGACGAGGCGGCCGAUGUAGAGACCAUAAAGAGCAUCAGGCUUACAUGCCGUUGGUUCUGCCAAAACAGCUCUCAUCUACUGAUCGCAGGCCUCAGAGUCUCCCCCGAUAGGGCGUCUCUCGAUCGUCUAAAGAGUGUGUCCAGCCACCCAGAAAUAUGGACAGGCGAACGAGUUUUGGAUAUAGACUUGAGAUAUUACUCCGCCCAGAUGGCCGGAGACUUUCGUGCCUUCGCGACCUUGCGCUUGCAGUAUCUUAAAACGAGCCUAAGCUUCCUGGAAACAUGGUUGAACUCCGCCGAUUCCCACUUCUUGAAAAAACAAGAGCCCCCAAUCUCGAGAGAACAAUACCUCAAGCAGCGACCCGACUUCCUGCCGAGGGGUAUGUUAAUCUUGAGCGCCAUAAACGGUAGGCGGCAACUUCGACGCGUCCGGUCGAAAUGGGGGUCUCUCAUCGAUCGAUUGAGAAAAGGAAACUCCGUCCAAGGAUCUGCUCAACCUGACGCGGCCAUACGCGCACUUCAGAGAGGACACAAACGCUAUCAAGAACUGUAUCAGGAACAACAGAGGCUUAUACAGGACGGCUCCUUCGCACGUGCUGUUGCAGAGACCGCCGCCGCAAGCAGGUCCAAGAUAUGGCUCUACAUGUCCGAUGGGAGGCGCUCGACUCCCGAAAGCGAUCUCCACCAGCUUGCCAAAUCAAACUUCUUGUCAUUCAUCGAACCGCAUCACCAGGACCACGCGUUAUCCUAUAUAGCCCAACCUGAUUCAUGGUGGCAUUCGGCGGGGUAUGACAAUCCUGAGGAGCUGCCGCACUCACUUCUCUAUGAGAUACCCCUAGCGAUGCGUAUGGUAGAGACCAAGUUGGCUAAACUCGAAGUCCGCAUGGAUUACCCCGCUCAUAUGCUGGAUCUAAGUAUGUCUGAUGAACAGCUCUCUAGCUUCGAAAAGGCCACCAAAGAUCUCGAGACCUUCAUAUUCUCCCCUAUCCCGGAGCAUGACGACCCUUGGGCCGAUGAUGAGGAUUUGCGGGGACUCUACGCUUAUCUUCGUGCAGCAAUGGGCCGUUCAAUAGUACCGAACUUUCACUUGGACCUUUACGUCGGGACCGAGAAAAUUGACGAUGCUCAGCCUCCAAUUGGACCUCUGGUUUCAGGGUCAACGUCUUCAAAUUGGCAUGGGCUAAAGUCUGCCGUGCUCGCGAAUUUUGAUGUGGGGAUUGAAGAUCUUAAAACACUCACAGACAUGCUUGAGCCCGGAACGAAGCUCCGUCUCAUGAAUACUGAUCUGAAAAGUGGGACAUGGGCUGAAGCACUCGACUGUCUCCGCUCAAAGGUCAGCCAGGAUUCUGAUUCUUGGUUGAUCAAUCCAUCAGGGGCGGAAUGUGUUGGCAUGACAACAAAUGAGUAUCAAGAAAUAUUCCACUCGGGGCUCAGACCCUGGGAAGAAAUUAACGGCGGCGGGGUUGGGAGCAGAGCCACACAGUACAUCAGAUCCGUUGAGGGUGUGGAGAAUCCCCUGCUCAGACAUAACACUGGUUGA